AUCAGGCUUCAGUGGCCACUUCAAACAGCCCUAGAUGCAGCCAUGGUGAAGUCAGUAAGCAUUGUGUUGAUGAUCGGUCUCCUUAGUAUAUUUAUACAAGGGACCUGCAGUGUCCCCUUGAAACCCUGUAUUCCCAAGUCUAGAUGUUCCUGUGUUAACGCUGACGGGUUAAUAGAUCUUCACCCCCUUGCAAACAACGAUGGAACACCCAGAUUCCGAGACAUCCCCGACCCCGACGGGAAGACGUUCUACUCCUGGAACCCCUGCAAUGGCUUCGAUGAGGAAGGAUGCCGGGACGUGGCGGUGUGUCAGAUAAAGGACAACGGUGCCACCAGCCUAAGCCUAGGCAACCAGUCCAGCCUGGUGUUCGUUGCGUCCUCCGCGUACGGCCAGGUGUAUCAGUACACCAACUGGGGAGGUGCUAACUUUUCCGGUAACGUGAUCCUGACAUGUGACGCAGGCGAAGAGGGCGUGGUCACAAGACGCCCGGAUGCUGAUUUUGGCAGUGAGUUUUACCUUGAACUGAAAAGCAAGUACGCAUGCCCACAAAAGAUCAACGUAAGUACCUCAUCACUACCUACGGCCUCCACGACAACGCAUCGACGGCCGACAACUCCGGCCUUUAUCGGAACAGCUAAGACUCCGUCCCCACCUCCCACUACGGAGAAGCCACUAUUUGACAUGGACCACCUCGGCGUCUUAAUGAUUGUUGUUUUGGCAUUGUUGUCUCUGCUUGUUGUGGCAGUGUCAAUGAUGAUAUUUUACAUCUUCUACCGUCUCGGCGAUGCGAUGACGACUGCAGCAUCCCCAAAGCAGGACUACGGUAGCAACUCCUCCCUGAGAGGCAAUGAGAAACAGAAGCUGGUCACACCUUGAGACAACACCUCCAUGUAUCUGUCAGCAAACCCGUAGUAAACUAACUCAAGACAA